AUGUCUGAUCAAUUGUAUGGAAGACAAUCAGUCAUGUUGCAACCGAUGGUUGAGACACCUCAUCCAAUCAGCAUCAAACUGAUGAGAUUGAAGAAACCUGAUUUUUCUCUCACUGUUCCGAUUCUUCCCGAAAAGACUGAUGCUCUUGGUGAUUAUAAAUUAUUUUACAAGACGCCAAAUUAUGUGUCGGAUGUAAAAUCAAUCUAUGGGAAUGAAAUGCCUCUGAGAGCUUCUCAGCAACAACAACAAAAGGAAGAUACACUCAUUGAAAUUCCUGGCCUUGAAGAUAAUGGAAAAAGUCUUUUGGAUCGCUGUAUUAUAUUUGAUAGUUUGGGUUAUAAUGAUGGUUGGUGUUUACCAAGUGCUCCAGGUGCUAUCUAUGUUGGAGAACAUCUCAAGUGUUACAUUUCUCUUCACAAUGAAUCGUACAAAGUUAUUCAAAAUAUUUCAGUGACUGCUGAAUUGGUUACAGGAAAAGGAAAAACAACAAAGCAAACACUAUUAGAUAUUAGUUCAACUCCUUUGGAUCAACUCGGAUCCAAGACAAACAAGGAUUUCAUUAUUGAACACCCAUUAACUUCAUCGGAUGACAUUCAAGAUGAUGAGGACAAGACAGUUUUGACAUGUCUAGUUUCAUAUUAUGAUCCUGAAGAGGGAAGAGUGAGAAGCUUUAGAAAACAUUUUCCAUUCAAAGUCUAUGAUCCUCUUGGUAUGAAAGUUAAGGUAAACACUUUUGGAAACCAUGUUUUUGUACAAUUAGAUUUACAAAAUUUAACACAAACACCAUCCUUGUAUAUUGAAUCUGUAAAAUUUGAACCAAAUUUUGGAUAUGAAUUGAUGGAUCAAUCAGUUCAUAAUACUUCCGAAAAUUACUUUGAACAUCCAUUAUUGAGAGGAGAAUCAAAGAGAUUUUUAUUCGAACUCGUUCCAAACUCAAAGAAUAGAGCUAUGAAUGUAACACAAAAUUCUGUCUUUCUUGGUAAAAUAUCUCUCCAAUGGAAGAAUACCAUGGGAGAAUGUGGUAUGCUCUUAACAAACCCUAUUCCUCACAAAUUAAUACCAAAACAAGACCUGGAAGCUUCAAUUAUUGGAUUUACUUCAUCUAUACCUGACGAAUUUACCAUUCUGGGAUCAAAUAAUAAUAAUAAUACUCAAGAAAGCUUUACACUCUAUACACCAUUCUAUGCUGUAUGUGAAAUUACUAAUUAUUCCAAAGAUGUAAUGGAUUUGAGUAUUCAUUUGGAUAGUGACAAGAUGUAUCCAUUGGCAAUUAAUGGAUCAUCUCUCCAAGCUGUUGGAGAAUUGCAACCUUUAAAAUCAAGACACGUAUUUAUUCCACUAUUCCCACUCCAAAGAGGAGCUCAUCUCGUUGCUGGAAAGGGAAUUCUUGUUAAGGACAAGAAAUCUCAAAAAGCAGUAGCUCUCUCAGCAAAACCAAUCAUGAUCGAAUAAAUUAUUUAUUGAAUUACUCGAAUGAUUGUGCUUGUUUGAUUGCCUCCUCUCUAUUUUUCCUAUAAAAGCCCCAGUGACGAAGCAUUUGUUGAUGAAGCAUAUCUCUGAAAUGAGCUGUCUUGCAAUCCUCUCUAAAUUGUUCAUCAUUUACAAUUCUAUCCAAAAUGAAUAAACUAUAUGGAUAUUUGACAAAUCUAGCAUAUUCAGGGUUCUUCCAAUAUUGUAAAUAUUUACAAUAUUCUAUAAAUCCAGGAUCUUCAAAAUAUUUGUAUUGAGCCAGGUAUUGUAAAUACGAGGCAUUUGCUAAUAAUUGAACAAAUUCCAAUUCCAUUUCAAACCUCAGUUUACUUUCAUCCUCCGUUUCAUCAUAGAUUUUCUUUUUUAUAAUUUUGUGACUAUCAAUAAUAUCACUCUGAUUAUCUGAAUAAUUUGUAUUUAUAUCACUAGAAGUUGAUUGAUCCUCCAUAUUUUAAAUUCCUGUUUGAUAUUAUCUAUAUUAUUAUUUACAAUUAAUCUUUAUAUACAAAAAGCCAAUACAAUCUUGAUGAAAAACUCCCGAUUUGUGUUGUUGGUUUUUAAAAAUUAUUAUUCAACAAGGAGAAUGAAAAACUUCGCGAGAAUGCACAACAACAGGACAAUGGAG